AUACUAUAACCGUUUGGAACGUGAAAUCGAAAUGGAUAGGUCGGUGGCGUUAUAUAUAGAUACGUUCUUCACUCGUCCAGAUAUCAACAAACCAAACCCAUAGUCCAAACAUCGCCGUCCUCCGCCGGAGAUAUACAAAACCAUCGUUUCAGAAUCAGAUACACAUAACUUUGUUUGUUUCACUCUUCCGCCAUUCUGUUAUCGAAAGAUCCAAACACUCCAUGAAAUUAUCAACAUCUCUAAUGUGCAUCUAUCUGAAACAAACGCCCCUCAAGAGAAAUGAUUUUGCAAGCAUCACAAAAACACUCUAUGAAGUGUGUGCUUUGGUGUAUAAAGAGCGUAUGAUUUCAACACAAAAGGCUUCAAAGACUAACCAAACCAAACUGUUAUUGUUUGUGAAAAGGAUAACCGGAGCAGUGUGCAAGGAUCGACAUUUCAAGCAAUUCGGGGUCGGUGGAGUUUGCGAUUGGGUCGCGAGGAUUGGAUCGCAAUUGGUCCCGUUUCUGGAUCGUCCGAUCCGGAACGGAAAACGUAGGGGGGGAAGCGAUCCUAGUAACUAUGUUUUGCAACACUGA